UCACGGGAUAACCACCGUAGACCCCGCGCGCCUCUUCCCCCCACCCCGACUGCAGCUCACCCCACACGCGCUUUCGCCGCACCAAAGCGUCGUGAGCUGCUACCUAACCUAACCCCACCGCCAAACAAUUCCCCCAUUCCUGAUUCCAACCAGCCCGCCCCGUUCGAGUACACACUGAGCGAGGGAGACAGAGAGAGAGACGAGAACAACCAGCGAUCUCGCGUAUGUGUGUGGAGUUGGAGAUAUACAGUACAGAGGAAAGAUCCGAUAUUUUUUGCUGUACGGCUGCUGAGCGGAAGAGAUGUUGAGGGCGGUGGCGAGGUGCUGCGGCCACUGGCCGCCGGGCGCGGCGGCGGCGGACGGGAUGCUGUGGCAGACGGAGCUGCGGCCGCACGCGGCGGGGGAGUUCUCCAUGGCCGCGGCGCAGGCCAACCUCACCAUGGAGGACCAGGCGCAGGUGCUGGCCUCCCCGUCCGCCACGCUCGUCGGCGUCUACGACGGGCACGGCGGGGUCGACGCCUCCCGGUUCCUGCGGUCCGGGCUCUUCCCCCAUGUCCAACGCUUCGCGAGGGAGCAGGGGGGCAUCAGCGCGGAGGCGAUCCGGAGCGCGUUCGGCGCGGCCGAGGAGGAGUUCCACAGGCAGGUGAGGCAGGAGUGGGCGAGGCGCCCACGCCUGGCUGCCGUGGGCUCGUGCUGCCUGCUCGGGGCCAUCUCCGGGGAUACGCUAUACGUGGCCAACCUCGGGGACUCCCGCGCCGUGCUCGGCCGUCGAGUGGGCGGCGGCGGCGGCGGGGCGGCCGUCGCCGAGCGUCUGUCCGCCGAGCACAACGCGGCGUCCGAGGAGGUGCGGCGGGAGCUCGCGGCGCUCAACCCGGACGACGCGCAGAUCGUGGUACACGCCAGGGGAGCGUGGAGGGUGAAGGGGAUAAUUCAGGUAUCAAGAUCCAUUGGUGAUUUUUAUCUGAAGAAACCGGAGUACAGCUUGGACCCCUUGUUUCGGCAAGUUGGGCCCCCUAUUGCGUUGAAGAGGCCAGCUCUUAGUGCUGAACCAUCGGUUCAAGUACGCAAGCUGAAACCAAACGACCUGUUUCUGAUAUUUGCUUCAGACGGUCUUUGGGAGCACCUCAGCGAUGACGCAGCGGUGCAGAUUGUCUUCAAGAAUCCGAGAACUGGGAUCGCCAACAGACUGGUGAAGGCUGCCUUGAAGGAGGCAGCCAGGAAGAGGGAGGUCAGGUACCGUGACUUGAGGACGAUCGACAAGGGAGUGAGGCGGCAUUUCCAUGACGACAUCAGCGUCGUCGUGGUCUUCCUUGAUCGCCACCGUGAGCGCCGCCACACUAGGGUCGUUGACUCGAGUAGCAACUGCAUCAGUGCUCCCGUCGACAUAUACUCCUCCAACACACACCAGUCUGCGGAGCCCUUGCACGGUUAAAAGAGCUGAACUCUGGCUAGAGUAGAAGACUGGGGUUUGCCUUGCGCUCUCCUGCUGGUGAACGGUGGAGUUGUAGAGCUGAGGGACUGCAGUGCCAUAGCCAUAGGAAGGGAAGAACUCGAGAUGUACAUAGAUAGCGUGGGUGUGUAGCAUCGGAAAAGAUCAUUUGGUCUGGAACUACGUAGCGUAAUUGGUCAGUCAGAUCAUUUUCUUGUUUCUUUUUGUCUGAUUAUGCUUACCCAGUGGUAAAUCCGUCCAUUGUAUCGGAUUUAAUUUAAGAAAUCUGUAAUACAGAGGUGUCGUGAAAUAGUUGAUGACGCAACUGGAGGUUAGUGGUGACUGGUGACCAAAGAACAUAUGCUCUGCUUAUGAUCUAGAAGUUAGGUUGUGACAUGAGAAUAUAUACUAUUUAUUUGCAACGGAUGAGAUGCUCUUAUUUCAUUUAG